UGUUUUCCACAUUUUCCAUUCAUACCAAACACACCCUAAAAUAGAAACUAGUAAAAAAGUAGAGGAACCUCACUGCACAAUUUGGACUAAAGAAAAAGACGGUUGAUCCAAAAAGAAAAACUCAAGAAAUGUAGAAGAAAGGUGAGUGGAUCUUGAACAAUAAUCCAAGAUUUAGAGUUGGGGUAUUUUUUUUUAAUUUUUUUUUCGCAAAUGGAAAGUGUGUUUACAGCAGAAGAUCUUUCGACAAUUGGAGGAAUUGCUACAGUGUCACUCUUACAUUCUUUCAUUCCUACACAUUGGUUGCCUUUUUCCAUUGUUGGUCGUGCUCAAAAAUGGACUCUUUCUCGUACACUUCUUGUCACUGCAUUUGGAGCAGUAUUACAUGUAAUAUCCACAUCGAUUCUUGGCAUAACAGCGAUAACCAUAACAAACACAAUUGCUGGCGAGGAAACAGUGCACAAACUGGCUUCCCUUUUGCUUAUAGUCCUUGGUGGUAGUUAUAUCAUCCUGUUUCUUUGCGGAAAGGGUGGUCACAGCCACUCACACAGUCAACCCAUGGAGAAAAUGGCCGUAGCAGGGCUUGUCCUUGUUCCUGCGUUGUCUCCUUGUGCAACCACUCUCCCCGUGUUUCUUGCUGUUGGAAACUCAUCCUCUAUGAUGUUGCUUGCCAUCAUAGUUCUGUUAUUCAGCACCAUAACUGUGAUGACCUCACUGGUGGCUCUAUCAUUUUACGGUGCAAGUCAACUCAAGUUUCACUGGGUGGAACGCUAUGACAAACUCCUCGUCGGUUCAGUGCUAAGUUUGGUUGGUAUUUUGACCCUUCUUUUUCACCAUCAUGAUCACGAAGGAGGUUCUGCAGGAGGUCAUGUGCACAGAAAACUCAUUGUGCUACUUGCCUUGUUAAUGCCAUUCAUCUUUAAACUAAGGUUUGGAAUCUUUGUUUGGUUUUUUGUAUAUUGCUGCCAUUUCUAUGUUACUAGUAAUAACAAUAUUACAAACCUAGCAAAUAAGAAAAUAAUAUUAGCCAUUAUAUUAAGCAUUUAUUAUAUUAAUAAUCCUUUCAAGAUUAUGGCCAACUCAUCAUUCAUCUGCCUACUGUUCAUUCUCCUCUUUAAUGGUUCAAUAGUAGUACAUGCAUUUACAGGCACAUAUGGGGUAAAUUAUGGAAAAAUUUCAGACAACAUUCCAUCACCUGAAGAUGUCUUAAAACUUCUUAGGUCAAACAAGAUCAAGAACAUCAGAAUCUACGACGCGGAUCACAGAGUUCUAAGAGCCUUUAGUGGUUCUGGGAUCGAAAUCUCAGUUUGUCUUCCCAAUGAAUUACUAAUAGACGCUAGCCGAAAUGGAUCAAUAGCUCUCGAAUGGAUAAAACUCAACCUACAACCAUUCCUCCCCGAUACCUCAAUUAGCGGUAUCGCGGUUGGUAAUGAGAUACUAGGUGGAGACAUAGCAAUAUCGGAAGCAUUAGUGCCCGCGGUUAAAAGUGUAUACCGUGCGCUGAGGAGGUUGCGUUUGAGUGAUACGAUCGAGGUUUCGACCCCGCAUUCUGAGGCAAUUUUUAGUAGCACUUAUCCCCCUUCAAAUGGGACAUUUAAAGAGAGUAUGAUGCCGUAUUUAGGACCACUAUUGCAUUUUUUCAAUAGAGUUGGUUCACCUUUUUACAUAAAUGCAUAUCCAUUUUUGGCCUAUAAAUUUGACCCUUCACACAUUGACAUAAACUAUGCACUAUUCCAACCAAAUAAAGGAAUUGUUGAUCCAAAAACUAAGUUGCAUUAUGACAACAUGUUUGAUGCAAUGGUUGAUGCAACAUAUGUAGCAUUAGAGAAAGUAGGGUACAAGAAAAUGCCGGUUAUCGUAUCGGAGACCGGUUGGGCAUCCAAAGGAGAUGAUAGUGAACCAGGUGCAACUCCUAAGAAUGCCAGAACGUAUAAUUUUAAUUUACAUAAAAGGUUAAUGUUGAAGAAAGGUACACCUUAUAGGCCCAAAAUGGUGGCUAAAGGUUAUGUUUUUGCAUUGUUUAAUGAAAAUUUGAAACCUGGUCCAACUUCAGAGAGAAACUUUGGAUUAUUUAAAGCUGAUGGAAGUAUUGCUUAUGAUAUGGGAUUUAAAGGACUUGUGCCCUCUUCUGCAUCAUCAAAGGAUUUUGUACUGAGAGGGCAGUUUUGGAAUUUUCAAUUUUUAAUUAUUGUAGCAUGUGCUACAAUUCUGAUUCUUUUCAUAGAAUAAUGACUUUAAGAAAAUUAUAUUUGUAAAUGGAUACACAUGUUCUUAGUUAUUUUUAAACAUUGGAAGGAUUGUUGUCCAA